AUGUUCACUGCUUCCUACAUCGUCGCUGCUAGCCAGCUUUUCGCUUUCGCCCUCGGCGCUCCUCUCAUCGGUGCUAGCCCCAAGCAGGCUCGUUCCCUGGUGGCACGAACUGCUUACAAGGUCUUCGGCGGUGACGGCACCCCGGCCCAGGGUUGGCCGCAGGAGUCUGAGUGGAAGUCUUUCGAGGAUCUCUGGUCCGCCAACGUUGCUACCACUCUCAGCUCCUGCAGCCAAUUCAACAUGGAGAACAACAGCCAAGAGGAGUCCGACAACAUCAAGAAGGCUAUCCAGGACGUCUCUGGGGCUUCCGGCGUCAAGCCCGAGUUCCUCCUCGCCAUCGUCAUGCAGGAGUCCAAGGGCUGCGUCCGCGCCCCAACCACCAACUACGGCUUCGACAACCCGGGGCUCAUGCAGUCCUUCCAGGGAACUCACUCUUGCAACCCCGAUGGCAACGGUGUCGUUCCUUGCCCAUACGACACGAUCAAGGGCAUGCUCGAGGAUGGUGCCGGCCUCAACGGCGAUGUCGGUCUCAAGGAGGGCCUUGCCCAGGCUGGCGGUGACGAUGUCUCCAAGUUCUACAAGGCUUCUCGCAUCUACAACUCUGGUUCCAUCGCCGGUGAUGGCAACCUCAACGGAGGUAUUGCCACCCACUGCUACGCCACCGACGUUGCCAACCGUCUGAUCGGCUGGACCGACGCCGACUCCCACGACUGCGACGAGAACACCAUUGGCAGCGUUGGCGGUGGUUCUGCGAACUCUGCUCCCGCCGGUCCGUCUGACGGCGGUGAGACCACGACCCCUGCCGACACCACCACGACCCCUCCUCCCGCCGGCGGUGAUUCCGCGCCCACUGGCCCCACGGCCGAGGGAGCCUCUGGCACCUGCACCAAGUGGUACGCUGUCAAGGCUGGCGACGGCUGCGCGAGCACUGGUAUCGACUUCGCCACCCUCCAGUCGCUCAACACCAGCCUCGACGCCAAUUGCAGCAACCUCCAGGCCGGCGUCAGCUACUGCAUUGCCGCCUGA